AAGAAAUUUCAAAACGAGCACGGUCUUUGACCGUUGCAAUUUAUGUACGACGAAUGAAGCAACUGGCAGCUUGUUUGGAUCGUGAUAACAUUUGUGUUUUCUUUGCUUAUGCCGCGUAUUUUGUGAAAAUUGGUUUCUACACUGAGGUAAAAGGAACUGCAGCUUUUAUCUGAAACACUUCAAAGUAUCUGGGAUCUUUCGUUCAAAUCACCUUGUAAAAUAUUUCACCGGUUUACUACAAAGCUACACCAUGGAUGGUACGUGGCACCUGAAUGCUCCUCAAUGGGCAGACUUUGCAUCAGGUCCUGAAACACCAGAUGAUAAUUACUUCGAUCGAGAAUAUCUCAAGCUCGAACCAGGACAACCAAUAAAAGAGGUUGUUCCUACAUGCCCUACCACUCCAAGCUCAGAAACAAUUGAAGAUAAUCCCAAUGUGAAUCUCUUGAUUGUUGUGGAGAAUAAUGAUUCCCUUGUCAAUGAGAUGAAAAUAGCAAAAAUGACGCCUGUUAAAGUUGUAUCUCCAAAAUUAACCAAAAACUCUACUUUAAAAGAAACUACAUAUGAUGAAGUUCUCAGCGAGGCAAUGGCUUGCCUGCAGCUUUCUGUUAAACAUUCGAGACGGUCUCAUAGAGCUAAAAACACAUUAUCUGAGUUAAUGGCAACACCAACUGCUUCAAACAAAGUCACCUCUGAAAAAUCUUUGCGCCAUCUUGGUCCACCAUCAACUCCGAGCAAUCCUAUUCCUAUGUGGCUUCGAAAAACUAAGUUAGCUGAGAAGGAGGUAAACAAAGCUAAGGCCGCCUCAGUUUUACUGGAGGGUCAAUUAUGCCUGGAUUCAACAGACCAGGAUAAUCUGAUGCCAGACAAUAUCAAAAUGCAACGAGCUGUUGGAGUUGAUAUAAAAUUAGCACAAUCAACAGAGCAGGCAGAUAUCAACACCCAGUUUAGCAUAGAAACUUCUACUAUUGAAGCACAGCCAAAAUCUUCAUCUCCCAUAUCAGCUGAACCUCCAGCCAAGCGUGUGCAAGGCAUUUCAAAUAUAAUACAACGAUCAAGUGGCCGAAGCGAAGUUCAACAGCCAAGAUUUCCAACUUGCCAACUUCGUCGACGAAGUUUAACACAAUAUCGCAGAAGAUCUAAUAAAUAUGUGAGUAUGGCAGAAGCGAUUUCUAAGUUCCAAACUGGUACUCCUGAGAGGUUUAGAUCAGUCAGUUCUAAGGGUCCGAAGCCAGGCCCUUUACAAAAAUUGCGACAGUCAUGUAUCUCUGCAACAGUUCCGAUUUCACCUGCUCUUAGAUGCAAAUCUAGAGUACGACCUACCAAAGUAUUGAGCCAAGAGGAACGAGAACGAUUGGAAAUGGAAGAAAUGAAGAAAAAUUCUCUAAGAGAACAUCUUGCCAGAGCUAAUUCUAUGAAAGGUCUAUCACGGAAUUCAGCAUCUAAGACUACUGAGAAGAAGCCAACAAAACUUCCAAACUCUUCGCAAUUGGUAGAGAUGAAAACUUCGAAUGUUCCAACCACGGAAAAGAAAUCAAAUCGUAAAGCUAGACUGAAGAUAACUGUACCAUCAGUAUUUUCUACCGAAGAAGGUUUAGCAGUUAAAGAUGCUGAGAUUUCUAACUUUGGUGUGCCGGAUAUUACAACCGCUAAACAAAGCGUAACUAAAAUAACGCCCUUUAGUUUUGAAAUGCGGAACAAAGAACUACAGAAGAGAAAAGAGCAGAAGAUCCAAAAGCUGCUGACCGAGGAAGAACAGAAGACAAGAGCUACCUUCCAUGCAAGACCAGUCCCAUGUUUCAAACAGCCCAUGCUCACAGGUUCUAGAGAAUCAGUCAACACGAAGCCUAAGACGAAACCCUGUCCAUUUAGCUUUGAAGAACGAGAUAAAAAUCUCAUGAAGAAAAAGGAAAACUACAUCAAAAAUGUAAUUGAAGAAGACAAAAAAGCUAGAGAAUUCCAGGCAAAGCCAGUGCCAGAAUUCAAACCAGUCUUAGUCCGUGGGAUCUCAAAAGAGAAUCUGAAUGUCGGACACAAGCCACAGAAAGGGCGCAUUUCUAUGUUACCAAUAGCUAGAAGUGGCUCAAAAAACUGCUUGUUUGCUAAAAACAACAUAGCUAAUCAAGAAAAUCAAAAUCCUGCAAAAAACACCUGCAUUGCAUUUCCAAAACAAGAAAUGUCUAAGCCCAAUGGUGAUAAAAAUCAGCUCCAUCAAAAGGGCACUACCAAAGUAUUGACAGAAUUUCAUUUGAAUACAGACAUACGGGCAAAAGAGCGCAAGGAAUUUGACGAGAAGAUCAAGCAAAAAGAAAGCGAGGCAGAAAAGAUGAGAAAACAAGCAGAAAUGGAACAAUUGAAACGAGCUGAAAGCGAACGCACUGAAAUUAGGAAAAUGGCUGAGACUAAAGCAAGACCUAUGCCAGUUUACAAGCCCGCAGUCCUUCUUCGUUCAACUAAGCCACUAACUGAACCACUGAGUCCUGCCUGGACUGCAAAGACAAAGCGCUAACAAAAGGCGAGUGACUCAGAUUGAAUAUUGUUUCAGUUUCUUUGAAGUGGCGACAUAAAUACAUUAUAUUGAAUUAUUUACACAACUCAAUUAAGUUGAAUUAUAUAGAAUAACUAUUCAUUUCCAAAAUAUGUUAUGAUUUAACAACGUUAUUAGCAUAAGUGAUAUGUAGCAUUAGGAUUUUACUGCAGUAGCACAUUAUAUCCAUUAUAUUCAGUGAUCUGAGAGGAACGCUGAUGAAUAAAUGUAGAAUAAACAAGAUGAGUGAAAAGUUUUCUAUGAAAAAACAAAUCAACCAUGUACUUUCAAGGUGAUGCAUUUGAAAUAAACUGGCAGUUAACAAGAGCCAAGCUUCUAGUACCGUUCAACAUACCACAUAGACUAUAAACCGAUAAUAUUAACUAUUUAGAUUUCAUAUUCCUAACAUUCUACCUGUAAUGGUUUGUUGCUUUAAAUAGUUUUUGAUGGAAUCUAACAAGUCAGUCAAUUACGAAAUGACUUUUUGCACAUGGAUGUCAAAUUAUUGGCCACUCAUAAAGUUUUAAGUUAUAGUUAUAAGGUUUUAUCUUCAAUACUUGCAGUAUUUUUUAGAAUCGAACUUGGCCAAUGGUGUUUUCAUUCAUAUAUGCUAUGCCACGAAAAUAUAAUGUGCACAUUGAACAACACAACAUUGAAGUGAUUCCAAAUAAAACUUUCAGUCGAAUCAA